AUGGUUGUCACCAAUUUCAGCCGUUGGGCGCUUCUGCCCCUGGCCUUAAGUGGUCUGUCUCUUGGGACGCCAUUGGAAAAGCGCGUCGGCCCAGAUGACGAACUUGCCCAGAAGGCUUUGGAUAAUGUGUACAAGAUCCUGGACGGUACGCUCUCUGAUGGAAGUAAUCAUGCCGCAUGUACAAAAGAUAAGCUCGCUAUCCGAAAAGAAUAUGGUGACCUGACAAUCGCUGAACGGAAUGACUAUGUUGCUGCGGUCAAAUGUUUGAGGACCAUCCCUUCAAAAUUAAGUCAGACUCAAUACCCAGGAGCGAAGACUCGAUAUGACGACUUUGUCGUCGUGCAUAUAAACAUGACUAUGCAUGUUCACGCCACUGCAAAUUUCCUUCACUGGCAUAGAUAUUACAUCUGGGCCUACGAGACUGCAUUGCGGGACGAGUGCGGGUAUAAGGGCUGGCAACCAUAUUGGAACUGGGGGAAGUAUCCCGAUCCGAAUGACUCGCCAGUUUUCAACGGCGACGCCCAGAGCUUGGGGGGCAAUGGAGCAAAAGUCCAACAUGCUGGGUACCGUCUUGGAAUGGCUAGCAUUAUGGUGCCCCCUGGAAACGGUGGUGGAUGCGUUACUACCGGGCCACUUGGAAACAUGACGGUAACCUUAGGCCCCAUAGCCGGAUCGAUGGAUGCUUCCCUCAAAAUUCCCAACAACCCACGGACUGACGGGUACGGAUACAAUCCCCGAUGCCUGCGUCGAGAUGUCAACAACUACUUUACAUCCCAGUUCCUCAGACCUGUUGAUAUUGCAAACCAUCUCAAGUCGACAAGCGAGAUCGACCCUUUCCAGACAAGUCUGCAAACAGACACAGCGAAGGCUUUCUCCCUCCACACGGGUGGUCACUACAGCAUCUGGGGUGACCCAGGUGGAGAUUUCUACGUCUCCCCCGGUGAUCCAGCAUUUUGGGUGCAUCAUGGUCAAAUUGAUCGCCACUGGUGGAUUUGGCAAAACCAGGACCCUGCAAACCGUGUUCAGCAGUACAAGGGAGGAACCAUUAUGAUGCAAGCGAAUAGCCCGCCAGGAAAGAUCGACGAUAUUCAGAUUUUGUCAGUUGUGGCUCCAGGUGUCGAUGGGCAGGCAAGCAGAAACCUCGUGAGUUCUACCGCCGGACCAUUCUGCUUCGUCUACGAGUAG